GUGAUAACCAAACAAAGGUCUUCAUCGCACGCCUAUAUAUAUAACCAGUUCAAGAAAAUCACGUCAAAUACAAUUCUCCCUUUCGACAUUGAACAAAGACACCUUUCCGUCUCUCUCUUGAUCAUUUAUAGAAACCCUAAUUUUCGGUCUAAAAUUUCCUUUCUAGAUUUUCUCCAUUCGAUUCAUUUCUAAGAGAAAUUUGGGUGGAAGUUUUUGCUCUAUAAAAAAAGUGUGUUGAGAAUUGCUGUAUGUCAUUAGUUGAUUGCACUGAGAAUUGUUAUCACGGUGGAAUCGGUGUUGUUAAGAAUCCAUUACAAUGGCCACAAUUAAGAAAGAAACGACGCCAUCUUCUUCGUUUUGCUGUAAAAAUGGUGGUUCCAUUCAAAGAGAGAUAACUUCAUCUGCUUCUGUUGUUGAAGUACCUAAUACCAAUGAUCCAAAGAAAAACAGCAGACCUUCUGUUUCAACUACUAUGGAGACUGUAAUUCGUUCUGUUGAUUCCCUUCCUGAAACUUCAACUAAUACUUCCACCAAAGGUAUUCAGAUCAUGAUGAGGGCUCAAAGUAGUCACCCAUUGGAUCCUUUAUCAGGUGCUGAAAUUUCAGUAGCAGUGGGGACUGUUAGAGCUGCUGGAGCCACUCCUGAGGUUAGAGAUAGUAUGCGGUUUGUUGAAGUGGUCUUGUUGGAACCAGAUAAACAAGUUGUUGCAUUAGCAGAUGCAUAUUUCUUUCCUCCUUUUCAGCCAUCUUUACUUCCCAAAACAAAAGGUGGACCUUUUAUUCCUAGUAAACUUCCCCCGAGGAGGGCUAGACUUGUUGUUUACAACAAACGGUCUAAUGAGACAAGUGUAUGGAUUGUUGAGCUAACUGAAGUACAUGCUGCAACUCGUGGUGGUCAUCAUAGGGGAAGAGUCAUCUCCUCAGAAGUGGUUCCAGAUGUUCAGCCCCCCAUGGAUGCGGAGGAAUAUGCUGAAUGUGAAGCUAUUGUUAAGGAUUAUCCUCCAUUUCGGGAGGCAAUGAAAAAGAGGGGUAUCGAAGAUAUGGAUCUUGUGAUGGUUGAUGCCUGGUGUGUUGGAUAUCAUAGUGAACAUGAUGCACCUAGCCACAGACUUGCCAAACCACUUAUUUUUUGCAGAACGGAGAGUGACUGCCCCAUGGAAAAUGGAUAUGCUCGCCCAGUGGAAGGCAUUCAUCUAGUUGUUGAUAUGCAGAAUAUGGUAAUACUUGAGUUUGAAGACCGUAAACUCGUUCCCUUACCUCCUGCCGAUCCGUUGAGAAACUAUACUGCUGGAGAAACUCGAGGAGGAGUUGAUAGAAGCGAUGUGAAGCCUCUACAGAUUAUCCAGCCUGAAGGUCCAAGCUUUCGGGUCAGCGGACACUUUAUAGAAUGGCAAAAGUGGAAUUUUCGCAUUGGUUUCACACCAAGGGAAGGUCUUGUGAUCCAUUCUGUUGCAUAUAUUGAUGGUAGUCGUGGUCGCAGAGCUGUUGCCCACAGGUUGAGUUUCGUCGAGAUGGUGGUACCUUAUGGAGAUCCUAAUGAACCCCAUUAUAGGAAGAAUGCAUUUGAUGCCGGGGAAGAUGGCCUUGGUAAAAAUGCACAUUCCCUUAAAAAGGGGUGUGAUUGCUUAGGGUAUAUCAAAUAUUUCGAUGCCCACUUUACAAACUUCAGUGGAGGUGUUGAGACAAUUGAAAACUGCGUAUGUUUGCAUGAAGAGGAUCAUGGUAUUUUAUGGAAGCAUCAGGACUGGAGAACAGGGUUAGCUGAAGUUCGGAGGUCCAGACGUCUGACAGUAUCCUUUAUAUGUACUGUGGCUAAUUAUGAGUAUGGGUUCUUCUGGCACUUCUAUCAGGAUGGAAAAAUUGAAGCUGAAGUCAAGCUUACUGGAAUUCUUAGCUUAGGAGCUUUGCAGCCUGGGGAAUUCAGAAAAUAUGGUACGACCAUUGCACCAGGAUUAUAUGCUCCAGUGCACCAGCACUUUUUUGUAGCUCGUAUGGAUAUGGCAGUCGACUGCAAACCUGGUGAAAAGCAUAACCAGGUCGUAGAAGUGAACGUUAAAGUUGAAGAACCAGGGCAGAAUAAUGUACACAACAAUGCAUUUUAUGCUGAAGAGGAACUUCUCAGAACAGAACAGCAGGCAAUGCGUGAUUGCAAUCCUCUCUCAGCUCGCCAUUGGAUUAUCAGGAAUACAAGAUCUGUUAACCGGACUGGACAACUUACAGGGUACAAGCUCGUACCUGGCUCGAAUUGUUUGCCAUUAGCUGGUGCAGAGGCAAAGUUCUUGAGAAGAGCUACUUUCUUGCAGCACAAUCUAUGGGUUACAUCCUAUGCACCAGGUGAGAUGUAUCCUGGAGGAGAGUUCCCUAAUCAAAACCCACGUGCUGGUGAGGGUCUGGGAACAUGGAUUAAGCAGAACCGUUCCCUUGAAGAAACUGACAUUGUUCUCUGGUAUGUGUUUGGAAUUACACACAUCCCUCGACUGGAGGAUUGGCCUGUCAUGCCCGUGGAGCACAUCGGUUUCAUGCUUCAGCCACAUGGAUUCUUCAACCGUUCUCCAGCAGUGGAUGUCCCACCUAGUACUUGUGAGUUGGUGGACCUUAAAGAAAAUGGCUCUUCGAAACAAACAAUUCAGAAUGCUGUACUUACAGCAAAACUCUAAAGAGGGCAGAAACAUCUUCUUGGUUGGUCAGUCCACAACAAUGUCGCAUGCAUCUGUGACCAAACCGGCCAAUUAGUUUGUAAGUAGGCUGCAGAAAUUGAGACCUUUAAGAAAGCGUUAUAGAGCAUUCAGAACAUCGAUCAGUUUAAACCUUAUGGAAUUUCAGUUAUUGUUAAUAACGACACUUGUGAACUCAAUUUAAAUCUAGUUUUCAACAAUAUCAUGAAAGGGUUCUAGUUGUAUGGAA